GCCCUUCGCGUUCGGUACUCCCCGCCCAACUUAAUCGUUUCCAGGGCAGCCCCUCCACGCGCUUAGUGCCUCUAGUUCUCGGCCAUCGCAGUCGGGCACGUGCCUUUUAUUCUAUCCAUACGGAGCCGCAUUCCCAUAAAGAUUUGCAAACAUGGCGUUGACUGGACGCCGAAAGAAAUUCAUUAUCCAAAAUGCCGUCGAUGACGAUGUCAAUAAUCGACCUUUGUUCGGACUGUCGGACUUCCAACGUCGGAAACUGUCGUACUAUUAUACUCUCAUCGAUAUGGACAGCGACGGGAGAAUCACGAGGAACGAUAUUAUAAAGUUCACAGAGAAACAAUUAACGUUCGCACGCACGUCGGACGACAGCGUUCUAUACGAUUUAACUUUCGAUAUCAACUUGAGCUUUUAUGAGAGCAUAUGCGCCAAAGUAGGCUCGAAUGCCAUUACAUGCGAGGACUGGUUAGACGUUUGGGCGGUACUCAUGAAAAAAUGCUCAUCUCUGAGAGACUUCCCUUACUGGGUUUCACAGCACUGCAAACUCUUCUUCGAGAUAAUGGACAAAGAUAGAGAUGGGAAGCUAACUAAAUCUGAGUUUAAAGACUAUUAUCGGGGCUGUUAUUGGCAUGGACCAGCGUAUGUCGAUGAACAGAGUGGAAAGGGAUUUAACCAGAUGACAGCCUCCGGAAAGUAUCCCAUGGACAUGGACAACUUUUGUAUGAACUUUGCCAACUUCAUUAUCGGAAAGGAUUCUUACGGCCCAGGAGAAUAUAUCUUUGGAGUCUUCGACAUCGGAAAGCCUAGAGAACCAUUUAAGAUUGUUUAUCCCGUUGAAGCAUUGGAUGUGGAGGAGACGGACUACUCGGGAGAGAGUAAUAAUAUAUCCAGGUUCACGCUCAAAGCCGUUGCCAACACAGUGAUGAUCGGGAAUAUGUUCAAAUUGCGGGCGACUGAUAAAGGUGAAGACGUGGAGAGGGCGACCUCGCCUCCACCGAAAGUCAUACCACAAGUUCCGCGCCCGCCGUGUGUUCCGCAAAUCUGUUCCGAAAUGUAG